GUUCCCAGCCCACAGUUCUCGCCUUCACCUCCCUGCCACCCCGUGCAGCCAGUUCCUAGCUCCUCUUUCCACUUGGCCCUGCAUCCCCUGCGCUGCUGCCUGACUCUUACACACAUGGCCCCGGUAGCCGCCUUGCUCCUGAGCGCAGCCCUGGGCGCCUUACUCAGCUUCGCGCUGCUGGCAGCGGCUGUGGCCAGCGACUACUGGUACAUCCUGGAGGUGGCGGAGGCUGGCGGCCCCGGUAGCGCGCAGCUCUCCUCGCAUUCCGGGCUCUGGCGCACCUGUGAAGGGCAGAACAGCUGCGUGCCCCUGAUUGACCCGUUUGCCAGUGCCGGCCUGGAAGCGUCUUCCGCCAUACAGCGCCUGCUCUCCCUGCAUCGCACAGUCAUGAUAGUCUUGCCUCUGAGUCUCGUCCUCAUCGUGUGUGGUUGGGUCUGCGGCUUGCUCAGCUCCUUGUCCCAGAGUGUCCCUCUGCUGCUGGCCACUGGCUGCUACUUCUUGCUAGGGGGUACCCUGACCCUGGCGGGGCUCAGCAUCUACAUCAGCUACUCACACCUAGCAUUCGUGGAGGCCACCCGUCUGUAUGGCACGCAGCACGUGCAGAGCGUGCACAUCAGCUUCGGCUGGUCACUGGCGCUGGCCUGGACCUCCUGUGUCUUGGAGGUGCUCAGUGGUGCCCUCCUGCUCGCAGCUGCCCGACUCCUCAGCCUGAGCCAGCGCCCAGGAGUGCCCCACUCUGUGAUCCUCUGAGUCCCAGUGUGACAGGGUGGUGGGGAAAAGGAAGCUUGGGCAUGCUUGACACUUGCUGGAGUCCUGGCUGGGAAGGGGCCCUGGGGAUGAAUGGCCUGUGGGGGAAGUGCUCAUUUCUACUCCAUUUGGACAUGAGAAAGGCAGGCGGGUAGCUGGUGCCUCGAAUCAUGAGCUCUUGAUGGUACAGUCUGGUGGGGGUGCCUCAGGUGUCUUCUUGCUCUGGGGGAUGUAGCCCACUCCAGCCUAAGGAGCUGAGACAGUCUGCUCAGUUUGCUAGGUGCUGAAUGAGUGCUCCCCUACCUCUCCACCCCCCCCCCCCACAGGCUAGGCAAUAGUUACCACUCACCCAAUGCCUCAGAGUGGGAGACUGAGGCCAUCAGGCCCAAGAACGCAUGGCAGGUCUAGGUGUCACUGCUGUUUGGCGGGACCCCUGGGUUCAGUUUUGUUUCCUUUCCCGAGAGGAGGUUGAUGGAGAGGAGGCUCAAGGCUGGAUGGGAGGCACACCUUUCAGGCAAGGUGGACCUUUGGGCCUCAGUCCUUGUCCUCAGCCGCCUGCUGCCCACACUGGCCUGGAACUUCUUCUUUGUAGCAACAACCAGAGGGAUGUCUGAGACUGGCUGCAUUAGGGAUGAGUUGGGGCCAUGCCUGGCCAGCUCCCUGGGAUGCCUGGAUAGAGGAAACUCCUCAGAGGGAGGCAGAAGCUGGCCUGGAGACUGCUGCAGAUGGAUGGGUCAGCUCACAGGUCCAGGCUUGUAGCCCACUCCCUGCCUGGGACAGCACAGAUGAGAACUGGAUCAGCUCUGGCCACAUAAGAGGAGGCACACCUGUGUUUAUGUUUAUGUAUCUGGACAGUGGGCAGCUGUAAGUUAGGGGCCGUGCAGCCCCCCAAAGCCAACAGCCCUGAUUCCGGUGUGGGUUUUCCUGAGUUUGGGAUAUGUACUAGGGAAGGUAGUAGCAUCUCUCAAGGUUUGGUCCCAGCAGUGUCCCCAAGCCACUUAGAUUGCUUCUAAGGGUCUGGGGAGCAGGGUUUAAUGGGACCCACUGGGGGCAACGGACUGGAGCUGAUGGAAACCCUGCCUUCCAAUUUGUGUUCCAACCUUUGCCACUCCAUGUAAGAGCACUUCCAAGUGUCUGAAUAAAUCAGCUGUG